CAACGCGGAAAGGGGUUUUUAAAGAUGGCGGUUCAUCACAGUGCGGGUGGAUGCGAGCACAGGUGUCAUCUGUAAAACGAUGAACUGAAAUUUGAACGGAUUUUUUUUUAAAAUAACAGUGAUUUAGAGCGACAUAUUUGUGCACGAUGCCGUCCCCGAAGCCCGUCAGAGCGAGCAGCGCGCGCAGCAGCAGUGUUUCCGGUGUCGGCGGCGGCAGCAGCGGGCGGUACGAGUUCAUGUCGCUGACCCGGACACCGCCACUUUCUCCUUCCCCGCUUCCGCACCUCCUCCAAAGGCAGGGCUCGGACCCUACGACAGCGCGGCUCCGUGCCUCUGAGAGCCCGACCCGGCGGCGCAGGGGCUCCGCUUCCUCCACCGCCUCCACGUCAUCGACCGGCGGCGGCGCGCAGCAGUUACCGGAAGACGACUGCAUGCACCUCAACCCGUCCAUCAUCAGCGUGGCGCUCAGCUCUCUGCUCGCCGUGGACCUGUGGCUCUCCAAGCGGCUCGGGGUGUGCGCGUGUGAGGAGGCGUCAUGGGGAAGCGCGCGGCCCCUCAUGAAGCUGGUGGAGGUUUCCGGACACGGUAUACCGUGGCUCAUCGGCGCCGCGUACUGCCUGUACAAAAGCGACAGCGCCGCGGGGCAGGAGGUCCUGCUCAACCUGCUCAUGGCUCUGGUGCUGGACCUGGUGCUAGUGGCCAUAGUUAAAGCCGUGGUGCGUCGCAGGCGUCCUGCUCAUAACCGUAUGGACAUGUUUGCCACAUUCUCUGUGGACUGCUACUCCUUCCCAUCAGGCCAUGCCACUCGGGCUGCUAUGUGUGCACGCUUCCUGCUGGCCCACCUGGUUCUUGCCGCUCCACUGCGCGUGCUCGUCAUGCUCUGGGCGGGCUUUGUUGGCCUCUCCCGGGUCCUCCUCGGGCGUCACAACGUCACAGAUGUGGCCUUUGGCUUCUUCAUGGGCUACUGCCAGUACAACCUGGUGGAGGCGCUGUGGUUGUCACCGGCUACGCUGCAAAACAUGAUGGGUCAGCUGGAGUGAAGCCAGAAGGAAGCAGUAGAGAUGCUGAAAUUGAAGAUAUUGAAAUUGAAGAAAAGAGAUUCCAUAAAAGACUUGAACUGUAGGCACUGUGAUAGUAAUAAUUCCAUAUCAUCACUAAUAUAUUAUUUGCGAAUUGGCCACAGUUUUAAAUUGUGUAUGUCUACUAUAUAUACAUGGAAGGUAAAUGUAAAAAUGUAUCCACUCUUCUGCGGGUUUAAGAGGAGUGUCCUGGAGCAGGCAAACUUAUCAUAUAAGUUGGGGGAAAAAUGGGCUUAAGUCAUGGUCAGAAAGAACGACCUCUGAUCUCUCCAGACCGAUACUGCUGUGCCACUGUGUAAUUACUGUGUUCAGAAUCACUUUCAUAAUCACAAAUCACUUUCAUAAUCACAAAUCAAAAGUGAUGUAAAUUUAACAAGUGUAUAACAUUAGUAACUUGGUAUUACCUGGAACACUAGAAAUGAAAACAAAAUAUUCUUCUUUCAGUUUUUAAUGUAUUUUCAGAAAAUUAAUGUAGGGGCAAAAAUUUCCAAUAUUUCUUUGUGAAUGGGUAAUAUGGGUUAAUGUUCAUAUUAAUCAUUAAGGUGUAAUUGGUUACAUUUUCAAUACUGAAGAGCUCUGAGUGGCUGCCAGUACCUGAUACCGACCUGGUACUGUCUGCAAGCUGCUCUUACAAUGUUAAGUGAUUCAUCACAGGCAUGAAGCUGAGAAGCAUGCUCUAAGAAGCAUGAGUCCUGUCAGUAAACAUCACAUGCAUUUGUAACACUAAGUACAUCAGUAAAUCAGAUUGGAAACUAUGCAUUGGAAAAAUCCAAUUCAGCGUUUCUGUACUCUACUGAAUCUGUGCAUCCCUAAUAUUUAAGCAUGUGGGUUUGGUGAACCUCACUUGUAUUGUCAUUAAUGCAGUCGAUGUGUGUGGUUGUGUUUAUCGUCUCUUUACUGAAAGAUUUUGGAUAAUGCAGAGAGUUUGCACUAUUUUCUCUAAUCACAUGGUGUUCUUUAUUCUUACAUUUUAGACCACAAUGAUUUAUGAAGCAGACUGUUUUAUUAAAUGUACUUCAUUUUUGUUCUUUUACAGAAAUGGAAUUAUAUUCACUGCCCACUUUAAUAGGAACACCUGUACACCCCACCCGUUCAUUCACGCAAUUAUCCAGUAAGACAACUGUGUGGCAGGAGGAGCUACAACAGUAGAGGACCACAUCAGGUCUUCACUCCUGUCAGCCAAGAACAGGAAUCUGAAGCUAUAGGGGCCGCAGGCUUAUCACAUCCGGACAGUUGAAGAUUGAAAAGAGGCCAGCUGAUGUUUUUCCAAUCUUCUGUCCAGUUUCAGUGAGCUUGUCCCCAGUGUAGCCUCACAUGUUCUGUUCCUGCGAUGAGUUGUGCCAUUCUGAGAUGCUUUUCUGCUCACCACGGUUGCAAAGAGUGAGUCACUGAGAUCACAUUUUUUUCCCCAUCCUGAAGCUCUUGACCUGUAUCUGCAUGAUUUUAUGGAAUCCGCUGCUGCCACAUGAUUCUCUGAUUGGAUAAUUGCAUAAAUAAGCAGGUGUACAGAUGUUCCUAUUAAAGUUGCAUGCUUUUCUAUGUUUUUAUGGUUACAUUCUGUGUUUUCAUGUUACAAUAGCAUUUAAGUGUCCUUCACUAUCACUGGCAGUUUAAUCAUUUAAUAACUGGGCUGAUUGAUGCUACUCUUAAGUCAAUACGCAUGAAAAACAGAAAUGUACAAAAACAGGAUUUUUAUUUGAUACCUCCUUAAGCAGUUUGGUUAAAGGCUUUAUGCUGAAGCUAACAAAAAAGUGCUUAAAGCAGGUGCUCUGUGUGUUGUGGUUAUGCAUGCUGUACUCAGACACCUCCCCUCCUUUGAAGAGGAGUUCAGUAGCACCCAAAAGCCAUGGACAUAGAAGAGGUAUUUCCUCAUAAAGGAAUGAUAUAACCAGUUUUGAGACUCUCAGUCACUCGUCAUCUUAUCUUAUUUGUUUCUUUCAUUCCCUCCUCAUUCUCUCGUCAUCUACAUUUUGUGCUUUUCAGUUGCACUUGUAGCACUCUGCUGAUGUAACGUAUAAGAUGCUGGAGUUAACUGAUUUACAGAUGCUCUCUCAAUGUAGUCCUGAGGUGAGAAGCCUCUGUAGCUCAACACUUGGCAAGUAUAUUAUCCUAAAUAGGUUACCUUAUGAGAGGUAAUGCAUUGCUUACUGUGAUGUUGCAUGCCAUAAAACUGGUAGGGAACCAGUCUUGUUACAGUUUUUGUGGUGCUUUUGACUUGUAAUUUUUUGGCAAUAACAGCUGUUGUUUUCAUCACUCCGUGCAUCCUCGGGGCUGCAGCAUUAGAGAAUGAGGAACAAAGGCUCACCAAAGGCACUUUGUAUUGUAUGAACUGCAAUAAUUUUUUUCCGGUUGGGUUUAUUUACCAGGGACCGUCUUUCAGGAGUGUAAGGCUGGGCAGUGAAGGUUCAUGGCCUGUAUUCACACGUAUCUGGUUCGAUUUCUGUAGCUGUGACCAGUUCAGUCUGUGAUCUCAGGUCUGCCUUCCGGUCCUGUGAUACUUCAUGGUAUGCCUUCAUCUCUGGUGACUUCACCAGCUAUUCACAAUGGCAUAAAUUAUAAAUGUCUAAAUAUAUAUACUGCUCAUGGUUGUAUAAUGUAAAAUCUUUUGUCUGUGUCUAAAAAAUAUGCUGCAAAAAAGUUGAAAGUUAUAAAAGUAAUAUAUGAA